AUGAAGUCUUUCAACCUCAUGGCCCUCGCGCUCUCGCGGGCACUUGCCGUUCGCGCAGUAUGCUCUUCGGUCCUGCGAGUCGAGAAUUUCAUCAGUUCGGGCCCGUCUCUUGACAUGGUCUCUUCCUUGAUUAUUGGCUCCGAGGCGGCUUUGCUUAUCGACAUGCCCCUCGCGGUUCCGCAGGCCGAGGAGCUCGCGGCCUGGGUGGUCAAGACCACCGACAAGCCCCUAGUGGCCGCCUUUACCACACAUUUCCACCCCGACCACUACCUCAGCGGUUCCGCGUUCCUAGCUCACUUUCCCGAAACAAAGUAUUACGCCAACUCUAAGGCUGUGGCCCUAAUCGAGAAUGAAGUUGAGGAAAAGCUGAAAGUCUGGAGCGGCAUCCUUGGAGCCGACGCUGUGGUCGAAAAGGCCACUGUCCCAACUCCCUAUGACUUUACCUUUUUCGCCCUGCCUGGCAACGAGAACGAGCCCAUCGAGCUCCUGAGUCCUCUGGUUGCCGACACCAUCGACGAGACCCUCUUCUGGAUACCCUCCAUCAAGACCCUCAUUGCCGGCGACUCUGUCUAUAGUCACACCGUCCAUCUCUGGCUCGCCGACUUGCUCUCCCCCGCGCUGACCUCCGCCUGGCUCUCGACCCUAGACUUUAUUCAGCACCUCAAGCCGGCUGUCAUCAUCCCCGGUCAUGCCCUAUCUGUCGAGGGUUUCGGACCGUCCGUCGACGUCGAGCAUUCCCGCAGAUACGUGUCCUUCUUCCAGAAGGAGAUCGAGGCCAAGGGUUUAGACUUCUUUACGCCCGCGGAUAUUGUCGGCAUGCUGGACGGCGCGUUCCCCGGCCUGCUCAACGGCACGUCCCAGACCUCCAAGACGCUCGUUGACAUUAGCGGAGACCAGUUCGGCCGCAACGGCACUCGUCAGGUUCACUAUGUUGACCUUGCCUCAUAUAACAACACCGCCGAGCUUGAGGGCUGGAAGCUCUAA